GAAAGAGGCAAACCCCAUCUUCUAGACUUCGACAACAAACAAAUCUCAUCAACUAUUGUUUUCUAAAAAGAGGGAGGAAAAAUCAUAUUUUAAUCUCAUCAAAUGAUUAGUUUUGGAAGCAAUCCAUUACCACCCCCAGCACCAGCACCGCGAGAAGAUGCAUGGAUUAAUUCUUACCAAAAGUUACUUCCUCACUGGCACUCCGUUUCUCUUUCUCAUCAGCAUUCAACGAUACUGAUAUCGAUAUCUAGAGUUAAUCAGUUUGAUGCCACUAGAUUGGAUGUUGAGAUGUCAGCUAUGUUGAAAGAACAGCUGGUUAAAGUUUUCUCCUUGAUGAAGCCAGGAAUGUUAUUUCAGUAUGAACCUGAACUUGAUGCUUUCCUUGAGUUUCUCAUUUGGAGGUUCUCAAUUUGGGUAGAUAAACCUACUCCAGGAAUUGCUCUUAUGAAUCUGAGAUACCGAGAUGAACGUGCCAUGGAAAUAAGAGGAAAAGUAAGAACGGGUUUGGAAGGGCCGGGGCUAACUGUUGCUCAGAAGAUGUGGUAUUGCAUUGCCGCGGUUGGUGGUCAGUAUAUUUGGGCUCGUUUACAGUCAUUCUCUGCUUUUCGUCGAUGGGGUGAUUCUGAGCAGAGGCCAUUGGCACGGCGAGUUUGGGGUUUAAUGCAACGUAUCGAAGGGAUUUAUAAGGCGGCAUCAUUUGGCAACCUACUCAUAUUUCUUUACACAGGAAGGUAUAGAAACCUCAUCGAAAGAGCUUUAAGAGCAAGACUUGUCUAUGAAACCCCUAAUAUGAACCGAGCAGUUAGCUUUGAGUACAUGAAUCGCCAGUUGGUGUGGAAUGAGUUUUCGGAAAUGCUGCUGCUGCUUCUCCCACUUCUUAAUUCGUUGACGGUCAAAAGUUUUCUUCAGCCGUUCUCGAAGAACAAGUCUUCAGGUUCUGCAGAGGAUGAUUCUACUUGUCCCAUUUGCCGGACAAGUCCGACACUUCCGUAUCUCGCCCUUCCUUGUCAGCACAGGUAUUGCUACUACUGCCUACGAACACGAUGUGCGGCAGCUCCAUCUUUCCGGUGUUCCAGAUGCAACGAGCCCGUUGCGGCAAUGCAACGGCACGGCAGCAUCGUUGGGCAUAAAAGUCAUAGUAACUUAGUUGAAUAAGAGCAUUGUAUACUAAGAAAUCAACA